AUGUCCUGUGCAAAUACAGCUAAUAUUAAACAAGGUGGUGGGAUGAAUAAUUUUAUUCCAUCUGUUAAUACAGGAUUAUCUGUUUUUCCUGAUGAUUCAAAACAUCGUGAUGAUAAGCAUUUUGUACCUCAACUUAAAAAUCAAAGAAUAACUAAUUUAAAUGAACAACAAUUGAACAUAAAUAAUGGAUGUAUAGGAAUUGAGGGUGAUUUGAAAAGGGAAAGUUCUCAAAAUUUUCUUCCACGAACAAGAAGUUUUUCCUUAGAUUUAUCAAAUUUAUCAUCUUUUCAUAACAUUAAUAAUACAAGCUUCUUACCACAAACAGUCGUUUUUAAUCCAACUUUUACACAGCAUGAUCUCCCUUGUAUGAAUAUAUUGUCGUCUGAGCAACUUGACAAUAGUAAUACUGACUUUGAACCUGUAAGGGCUAUACUAGAUGAUUUUACCACUUCAGUUGGCGACGAAGAUAGUAAUUCAGAUAGCACUCUUUUCAGCCCUAGAACAUUUUUAUCAAGACCUUCUUCUAUAAGUUCUAGUAGUUUAAAUGAAAGUGUUGAAGAAGUAGCCAAAAUAAAGAGAGUUGUUAAGGAGAGAAGGCGUUGUGUGAAGAAAGUGAAAGCUUCGCAUAAUGAUAUUGAAAGGAAAUAUAGAUUAAGUAUUAAUGACAAGAUUGUUCAAUUAAGAGAUUUGGUUCCUACCAUACGAUACGGUUUUAAAGAAUUUUCAAAUAUUCCAUUGGAUCAGAGUGAUAUUGAUGCCUUAGAUGGAUUAGAACCUACCAAAAAAUUAAAUAAAGGGACAAUCUUAAAUAAAACAAUUGAAUACAUUAAACAUCUUGAAGCUAAAUGUGAACAAUAUAAAAUUUUAAAUUCGGAAUUGACUAAUAAAUUAGCAAAUAAUAAUCAUCUUGCAUCUGUACUACCUGCAUCUAUGUCUUCUUCAGCAUCCUUAUCAGGUUUAUCAUCAACCGUGCCAACAUUCUCAGUUAAAACAGAAAAUCAUCUUCCAGCUAUUCCAAUGCAAUCAGAAUUUAACAUAAAUACUUCACAAAAUUCUAAUACGAAUGGUAGUCAAUUAAUGAUGAAUAAUAAUAAUAGUAAUAGUAGUAAUAAUAUUAGUCAUAGUGACAAUAAUAAUAAUGAUAUUGAUAUUAAUAUUAAACAAGAAAAAUCAUUUUCACCAUCGACUAAAGUCUUCAUAGAGAAUGAUGCAGGAAACGGUGGUAACAAUUUGUUUAAAUUUGAAAGUUUCACGUAG